AUUCCCCUCCCCACUUCCCCACUCCUCAACAGGAAGAAGAAGAGUGAGUUGUGGCUGGGAAACCACCGUAGAUCUGGUGGCCGGCCACCGUGAGAAAGCGGCUCAGUGGAGCUCGAUGACGACCGAUGAAACGCCGGGUAGCCGGAAACGACGUAGAUCAGUGGAUGAGGUGGAUGACGGCGGUAGAUCAGGAGCUUGGCCGUGGUAGUGUCCGGCCAUGGAGCGCCUGUGGUGGAGCUUCGGAGGCGCGCUACGUACGCGAGCAUGUUCGCCACCCCACCGCUCGCAAAUAUUGGCCUAGUGUUCUACACCAUAGCUAUCCCCACUGGACUGGCAGGUCUACUCACAAAUCGGUACGCCGGUCCAGUAGAUCUACUUUGUCCUGGAUUGACUGGACUUUGGGAGGCACAAUUUGUGUUCAAACAUGGCGCCCAGGAUUGCAGCCUACACACAAGAUCAAGUGGACAUGUUGAUUAAGCUUCUGAAAGCUAAACCAGCUGCUUACAGAACUAGACCUGAAGGAUACAUAAGAAAGAUGGAGUUGAUGUGGCAUCCGCUAAUGGCAGGCAGCAUUUCACUUGACAAUGUAGAAGAGGUGGGUCAAGUUGGUGACAAUGACAGUACAGAUAUCGAAAGGAUUCCAGAAACUACUGCUGUGGCACCAGUGUCUAUGACAGCACCGACCAGGGGGGUGCCAGGUGUGAGGCAUUCUCCACGCCUGAGUGCUAAGGAAAAGGGGAAGAAGGUUGCUGUAGAAGAAUCGGACAUGGAAUCGUCAGAUAGCAAUGAGGAUGAGCGUGCACGGGGUGAGCGGCCUUCUAGGAGAACUGUCCGUAACCUAAGGACACAAGAUAACCUCCGCACUGAGCCACAACAGGGGAUCCAUUGCGGGAUGCUGAUGCACCUGCAAUGCGGGCAACAGUAGCAGUAGCGGAUGUUGUGACGGCCAUUCCUGCUGAUACCUCUGCCCCUGGUGCCAUUGUUGGGCUAUCUAUUAUGGAUCGCAAUACAGAUAUCGGACAGAACGGCUAUCGCUGAUUCUAGGUUGGAGAAUUGGGAAGUACUCAUAACAAAUUUAACUUGUCUGUCAUGCGAUGCAGAUGAAAUUGCC